CCCCCCCGCUGCCCCCCAACUAAGGUAAAAUGUCCUUUCUGAGACAACCUGUCUCACAGGCCAAGUGCCUGCCCACUAGGCCUGCCCACUAGAUGAACAAGCUUUGUUUCUUGUGCAAAUCAACCCCCCCCCCAACUUCUUAGAUCAAAGGGAUUUUCCUCUCAGCAGGCGCUUCAAGCUGUGAUGCAGAGUGACUCACUGUCAGUACUCAUUCCCCACCCUGUCAGGAAACUGGUGGCAGAGGGGAAAAAGUGACCACUUUAACUUUUAGUGACCUACAGACUGUCCCUACCCUAUCACCCGUAAGUCUAUAGCGGAACACAUUUACGUUAGACUUGUCAUGCCUUCACCCAACCACAGUGAGGAUCUAUUUCUAGCACAUGCGUUCCUUUUCUGAUUUAUUCCAACUGCUAACUGACUCCACUCUUAUCUCUGCCCUUUGGGGUUGCAAAUAAAAUGGCCAGGAAGCCUCUGGUGGGGACCAUACAAUCUCGCGUCGUACACAAAACAUGAGGUGUUGCUGCUUGGGAGAGGAUAGAGACCAGUUCUGAGAGAAGGAGGUGGAAACCAAGGGAACCAAGGGAAUGAAAUGAGAGAGCUGAACGGAUGACUGAAUGAUGAUGACUGACGAAUAAACGAAUUGUAUGAAGGAGCUCCGUGCAACUGGAUUCAUUCCCGCGCCGAUGGUAGUGUCUCUCCUGGAAUUGUGUAAUAUUAAGGCUGGACCCUUAAAUAUUAUACCAAGUCCCACCUGAAGAGUUCAGACCUUUGGCCUAGUGGCCUCAGAAGUUCUAGUUGAUCGGGUGUGGUGGUGGUGGUACUGUGUGUGUGUGUGAGGGUAUGAGAUAUUUCUGCCUCACAAUUACUUGUCUGAGCCCCCACCCUAUGUCAUAUUUUAGGAUUUGUUUGGCCAAUAAGAUUGCAGCACACACUCUAGCUUCAGUCCCUGCUUGAGCCUUGCCUUUGAUGUCACAAUCUGACCUACAAACAUUAAUCUGGCCACAGCCACUCAUAGACCAGACGGCAAGGUCAAGAGGACCGUAGUAAGAUGUGGAAGAGAACUGAUCCUCAAGCCAAGAUCAAAGCUGGGGAUAGGCCUCAGACUUGCCAUUCUCUGGCUCUAGGAUCGGCCACAGAGACGGCACUGCCACACCCUCUAGAACUGUCAGACUUCCAGGGCUUCUCCAUGUUUGAGGACAUUAGCCAUCACAUCAAAGAAGUAGGAGCCCAACUGGUAAAGAAAGUGAAUGCCAUCUUUCAGCUGGACAUCACCAAAGACGGGAAGACUGUUCUGCAGUGGACCAUUGACCUCAAGAAUGGUUCUGGGGACACAUACCUGGGAUCUGCCCGGCUUCCAGCAGACACUGUCUUCAUCAUCCCUGACUCUGUCUUCAUGGAGUUAGCUGUGGGUAAGAUGAACCCACAGAAGGCUUUCCUGGCUGGCAAGUUCAAAGUGAGAGGCAAAGUUUUCCUUAGCCAGAAGCUAGAGAGGAUCUUCAGAGACUGGGGCAAAUUUUAAGCAUGCAGAAUACCCAGGCAAGAUAAAGACUUCUGGCAUCUUAUAAUGUUGAGUGGCAAUCAUGUUUAAACUGAAGAUUAAAGGAAACAAUAGCCAAUAUUUUUACUCAAAUUCUUCCUAUUCAAGUUCGAUUGAUUUCCUGCUGAUGUGUGUACAUUUGCUGGGUUCUGGGACAGUAAAAAGUGUUGGAGUGCAACACCUAAAACCUUUGUCCUUUCGUUUUCUUAGCUGUGUUUAUUCUUUGCUUGAGGUGGAAGCUGCAGAGCUGGUGAGGUAGGGUUGGUUGGUGUGUGUCUCUCACUAUUUCCCUGAUCUCUAAGGCUUUCACCCCUGUAUUUGGCUCUGUGUUUUUUAUUUAAUAAGACUGCCUAGAAAUUCUGCUGCAUUUGAUAUGUCAAGGUGAGGGCCAUGUGGAGCUGAAUGGAUGGUUUUGUUUGGAUUUUAAUGCUGAUCAUUAUUAUAUAUAUUAUACAUAUAUUAAAAAUAUAGAGCUUUUUUAGUAGUUUGGAACUUUGGGAGAAAGAAGUGAGCA